GGUUGAUGGCCCCGCCCCACGGAGAGAGGGUCCCUCACUGUUUACUCGAGCUCCUUCCUCAGCGGUCGCUGUAGUAGCGUCGAGUGGGUGGCGGGGGCUGGCCGCGCGUCCCACACCACCCAGCGGCUGAGCCCUGCGCUGGCAGGCGGCCAGGCGCGGAUCGUGCGCGGGGCGGGCGCCGGGCCACUCGCUCACUGGUGUGGGGCGCUGAGGAGGCGGACAGCGGGGCCGGGGGCCAUGAAGACGGAGAUCUCCACUGCCGCGGGUUUCAUCACCCGCCUGCUGCGCACCCCCGGCGGCAUCGGCGACGAGCAGCUGCGCUGCUUCAGCGAGUCACUGCAGGAGGCGCUGCGAGACCAUUAUAAACACCACUGGUUUCCCCUGAUGCCCUCCAAGGGCUCAGGGUACCGAUGCAUUAGGAUCAACCACAAGAUGGACCCCUUGAUAGGGAAGGCAGCCGGCAUGAUUGGACUGAGCCAUCAGAGACUCUUCCAGCUCUUACCCAGUGAAUUGACUCUUUGGAUUGACCCCUUUGAGGUGUCCUAUAGAAUAGGAGAAGAUGGGUCUAUCUGUGUCCUUUAUGAAAGCCCCCCACCAGGUCUGAAGACUGCCAAAGCUCUGGAGAGUAGAAACAGCUGUAAAGAGGAAUGGAGAAUUGGCAGAUCAAGCCCUUCCAAGAAUUACAACAUGAUGACAGUUUCUAGUUAAAAAUUAACAUUUCUUGUACAAUGAUGUAUGUAUGUAUCCCAGUUUCAUAAUGAAGUUAGAUGAUGUAAUUGAGAUGUUGAUUUUCACCCCAUAGCCAUUAAAGUUGUAGCAGUACUGCCAAGUUCUUUGUUGUGGCCAAGGGCUAAUGUAUAAGCAGUUCUUUAAACUGCAUGUAAUUUUCUGGAUUGUAUACUGUAAAUGAAAUGUACAGUCAGCUGAUUGUUCUACAGAUAUAUAUUUUGACAGAAUCCUUGGCUAUUUGUAAUAAAAAGAAAAGUAACUUAAUUCUUUCUUUACAAUGGCUUUUAGUUUAUAAUAACUUUCCACAAGAUUCCUGUACUUAUUGAGUAACUUCUAGGGAAAAAAACACAGCUCUGACCAACUGUAAUUAAAAAUCUCUCCAGUGACUUGCCUGUACAAACUUUUCUCAGGGUCAUAAAAAUACAGCUGGAAGGCACAAAUGACAAAUAUAACUUUCCUACUAACAUAUUUCAUAGCGAAGAAGUCCUAUCAUGCCCAAGCAGCUUUCAAAGAAGGAAUUGCUUCCCUAUAAACUUAAAGACUAUCUUGGAGCAAAACAAUACAGUAGAGACAUGCUCAGACAACUCUGUUCAUCCAGUUUUCAAUACAAUAUAUAAAAUCUUUUAAUGAACA